UACCCGGGGGAAGGUGUUCCCGAGACCGCUCCCAGCCUCCCCCGCCCCCGGCUCCAGCCUCCGCCGGCGGAGCUCCACUAUGCCAGACAGUUUCGACACUUUGCAAAGACAAAGACCAGAGGGAGGAGGGAGCGGAGGAGAGAGGGGAGGAAGGGGCGAUGUGAGCUGAGGAGGGGCGGCUGCUCGGGACUCUCCGGAGCCCCUCUCCGCCGAAGCCACGGAAACCCCGGCCGGUCCGCGGCGCGCUGGUACCAUUUUCAGACUCAGCUGACCUGGAAAUUCCAACAGGAGUCAUUGGCAUCGCUCGGGGCUGUGGUGGCAGACGCUUUGAGCUUUGUGGCCAGGACAGUUCCAUUUGAGGACCAGAGAUGGACAGCCCCUCACCCUACUGAGAUAAAGAAACUGAGGCUCAGAGAGGUUAAGGAACUCCCCCGAGGUCACACAGCUGAUGACAGACGACCCUCGCUGCCUUCGUGGAACUCCCUGCCUGACGGCCGCAUCUCCAGUGACAGCACUGUCAGGCUGAGCCCUAAUUAGGGAUCUUCACACGCCAUCCUUUCUGGAGGACAGUGAAAGGACAGCUUCCCUCUGUCCCGCACCAUGAGCCUUCCGUCCAGGUCCUCAUGGCCAAGGGUCCCGACACUACCAUAGAGGUUAAUCACGCCUCAACCCCUUUGGAUGGGAAAGGAAACCACUGGUAUUAAGUUUGAUUAACGUUUAACCAAGAGACAGUAUCGGCUGGGAAGGGUUGCUGACGGAGCAGGCUGCUUUAUUUCUGCAAGCGACAGAUUUUAUGCAAGAAGAGUCAUCCCACUCCGAAUGGUCCACGUAGCCUUCGAGUGUCACAGGGUGAUGUCCGGUGCCCCGGGGUGACCAUCGCCAAGGAGAAGUGAAGUUGGCCGUUGCAAGCCUUGAGGCCCCCCUGGGAAUCCCCACCUUGCCUUGUGAUUCCCUUCAGGAGUGUUCUUCCUCCGUCCCUCCUCCGUUAGGUGUGACUUCCUCCAGCCCAUCCCUGGGACGCCCCAUCGGGAAGGCAGAAAUGGUGGCCACCAGGAAGAGGGCCCUCAAACUACUCACCUUCCUCGUUCUCUUCGUCUUCCUCACCUCCUUCCUCCUGAACUACCACACCGUGGCCACCACCGCCUGGUUCCCCAAGCAGAUAGUCAUCGCGCUCUCGGAGAACUUCAAGAAGCUGGUGGCCUACUCUCCCCGGCCCUGCAGCUGCGACACCUGCAUCAGCCAGCAGAGGGUCUCGCCCUGGUUCGACCAGAGGUUCAACCUGUCCAUGCAGCCUCUGCUCACGCUGCAGAAUGCGGUCUUGGACAAAGACACCUACCUCUGGUGGCUGAAGCUGCAGCGGGAGAAAGAGCCCAGUAACUUGAACGACACCAUCAAGGAGCUGUUCCAAGUUGUGCCUGGCAAUGCGGAUCCACUGCUGGCAAAAAAGUCAGUGAGCUGCAGGCGCUGUGCUGUUGUGGGCAACUCGGGCAACCUGAGAGAGUCCCAGUAUGGGCCUCAGAUAGAUAGCCACGACUUUGUGCUGAGGAUGAACAAGGCCCCAACCGAGGGGUUUGAGGCUGAUGUGGGGAGCAAGACCACCCACCACCUCCUGUACCCCGAGAGUUUCAGGGAGCUGGCCGAGAACGUCAGCAUGAUCCUGGUCCCCUUCAAGACCCUCGACCUGGAGUGGGUGGUCAGCGCCACCACCACGGGCACCAUCUCCCACACCUACGUUCCUGUCCCCAGGAAGAUCAAAGUGAAGAAGGAUCAGAUCCUGAUAUACCACCCGGCCUUCAUCAAGUACGUCUUCGACAGCUGGCUGCAGCGCCAUGGGCGGUACCCAUCCACCGGCAUCCUCUCAGUCAUCUUGUCCCUGCACAUCUGUGACGAGGUGGACUUGUAUGGCUUCGGAGCAGACAGCAAUGGGAAUUGGCACCAUUACUGGGAAAACAACCCUUUGGCGGGAGCUUUCCGCAAGACCAGGGUGCACAAUGGAGACUUCGAGUCCAACGUGACGUCCAUCUUGGCGUCCAUCAGCAAAAUCCGGAUAUUCAAGGGGAGAUGACGCUGGGAAGGGUUGAGGACAGGUACACCAGAGCAUGCCUCUCACGCCAGCCCCAGCUUCUCACGGAGCCGCUCCAUUCCAUUCUGGGGCUCCCAGGGCUAGCCUCGGGUGUGCCAGGUGCCCUUUGCAGCCUCUUGUGCCCCAACAUUUGACAGCACCUACUCAGCAGUGUCACCGGGCUGCAGAGUAAGUCUCAGAACCUGCUUGGGUGGGGGGACCCCUCAAUACUGUCCCAGAGCUGGGAAAAGGUGGAGACGUGGGAGAAAUCCAUUCUCCAAACCCGGCUUCAGAAGAUGGGGGACAGAUACUGAAGACUCCCUUGUUUUAAAAGAAAGGACAGUUUUCCAGGGAGGAUGGGCAGAGACUGCCCUCUGCCAGUGGGCCCAGGGCUGACUCCCAAACUCUGAUUCUCACUGGGAUGUUUCUGAGUGAGGACGGCGUCCGGGAAAGAACCACGUGGGCCACGUCGGCAUGGGGAUGACACGCACCUUACUCGCAUGUGAUAUCCCCAAGUCCCCCUUGUUACCCAAAUUCAUUCUGGUGGCCAGGAGAGGCUCCCCACCCUGAAGGUCUUCACACUUGGCCGGCUGUUUUUGACUCCAGCGGAUGCUCUCUUGAGUAAUCAAUCUUUGUCAUUCAAGUUAUGGCUGAGAGCAGGUCCCACCACUUCCAUGUGCCUUUGUAUUUGGGGGAGGAAGGCAUGCACUGGCUGAAAUGAAGCAACUCCCCGACUCCGGAAAGAAGACCCUGCACCGCCCCCGUGUUCUCAGCGGGAACAUCUUUCCCGCUUUCCUGAGCCAGCCCCUGCGUCGAAACGAAGCUCAGGUGAUGCUCACUGCCUCCCGGAGGCAGGCCAGCCGCGGACCGUCAAGGCUGUUGACUUGGCACCGGGACCCCCCCAAGCGCCCGAGAGGCUCCCGCCAGCCAGCACUCCCCGCGCCCCACGCCCUGGGCCCGGUUGCUGCUGGCCACCUGCGUGGUGACCGGGGUGGGGUCUGUCCUCGGAAUGUCGCCACCCAAGUGGGGAGGCCAUACCUCAUUCCCUCCCCCACUCUUUCUUUCUCGUUGAUCUUCCUGAUUAUUUAUUGAUUUUGUUGUUGUUGAAUUCAACUGACAUCCUGUGCCCUUUCUGGCUCUAUUGCUGGUCCUGGGGUUUUAAUUCUGCUGGUUCCCUGCUCUGCCUGGCAGCUGGGGAGUGGGGGUUUACAGCAAGGUCUGUGGGAAUUCUCAGGCUCGGGGUUGGAGGUGCUGAGGGUUCGGGGCUUGCUUGUGGGCAAAUCCUGGGGCAUCGGGUUAGUGGGUUUGUGACAUGUCCUGCAUCUCCUCUCCCAAUCCCACCUUCCUUUUCUCAUUGUGAACUUGGAUUCAGUCUCAGGCCAGGAAUCUCCCACACCCAGCGGAGCUUCCCUGGGGCCAGUGAGAAGUGGGGUUCAAGCAAGGGACAGUGAUCAUUGGCUCCAUCCAGUUACUGACACUUCAUCAGAAAAACCAUUAUUCCCGUUGAGGGCAUUCCCCCAGAGGCCGCUGCUACCUGAGGAGGUGUGACAGGUUCCUCCCUGGUGGCGUAUGAAGGAUGACCGUCUCAGAAGCCAGGGACUCACGUCCUCUGCUCCCUGCAGUGCUCUGGCUAGCCCUGCUCUCCUGGCCUCAGUGUCUCCCCCUGCAAAUGGGGAGGGAGGAAUUGUGGGAGCUCAGGGCCACCGAUGGUGUCAAGCAGUUCACCAGAGUCCCCUGAAAUUGCAUGCCACGUUUUUGCCAAGUUUGUACCUGGGAGCAUUUUCCUGGGGGAGGUUCCAUAGCUUUUAAUAGAUUCUCAAAGAUUGAGAAUCCAGAAAACAUUUUAAAAAGCAACAAACCUGUUCCAGCUUUAAAAUCUUCCCAAAUCUAAGACCCCCUUGACUGAUAAAGGCUCGUAAAUCACUGUGAGGUUGAAUUCUCACGGUUGGAACCCCCGCAGCACAGACGGGAGAUGGAGGAACUCAGCAAAAUCAGCAAGCGUCUGGGGGCCACUGAUCCAUCCCAGAGCAAACCUUAAGAAAAAUGGUCACUGGGACAGAGCAGUGUAGACUGGCUCCUGAGCCCUCCCCCUCUCCUGCAAGCAGAGUCUGUCCAGGCAUGUCACAUUCGGAACAAGCCACCUACUUCUUUGGGCUUUGCUGAGUCAGAGCAGGUUCCCAAAGGGAGGACAUGUCCGCAGCUGAGCUGCCUGCUACCUCAGUUGGCUACCUGGCCCCUGGCCCAUCUCCCUCCAUCCCACAAAGCUGUUCAAGCUGUGAGAUUUCUUUCAACCCUUGGAAUCAGGCUCUCCCAUUUUAUAGAUGAGAAAAGCAAGGCUCGGAGAAGGAAUGUGACUUGCAAAAGUGAACUAAUUAUGACAGCGCAUAUCAAACAUUUUGAGCAAAAACAGUACAUGAUCAACUCCACGUUUAGAGCAUCCAGAGGUGGACUCCCCAGCCAGGUCCAUCGGGCACCUCAGAGCACUGUCCCUGGGUGUGGCUGCUGGCCGCUCUGCCUCGGCCUCCGGGCUGCUCCUCGGGCUGCCCACAGGGGCUGUGGCAAUCUGGGUUCCUGCCUUCUCGGUGCCAUCCCUUCCGUAGAAGGGACAACUUUGUGCACUCCCACCGCCCCAGCAGACAUCUCUUUGCAUCUUACUGGCUUAGCAAAGGAGACUUAACCAAAAUAAACGCCAAUCAUAUGGCCGGGGUUAAAUGCACUGAUUGGUUUAGGCCAAGGGGACCCACUUGGUGGGUAAGAGUGGCUGAGAAUGGGACCAGUGUUUCUCCUAAGGCAGUUGGCAGUGCCAUGGGCAGGAGAAUGAGAAGCAGCCAUGCAGGGAGGCUCUGGCGUGUCCACCACACACGGUUGGACUCCCUAGGGCCCCUGGAUCCCAGCUCAGGGCUCAUCCACCCUGUAGGCAGAGAGCUCCUUGGAGACCAGCCCCAGCCCCAGGCAGGGAACAGAUGUCCCUGCAGCAAACAGUGCUGAGCCUGAGGCGGAAAAGGCCAGGCUGAUGAGGGACAGAGAUGCCAGCAACAUCCCAGCCUCCAGGUCCCCCCAGUGAGCCAGGAGCAGGAGCCACCUGCCGUUAAACUGACACCUGUAGACAUCACUGGACCCCUGCCCUCACCCACCUGCUGGGGAGGAAGGUGGGUUUGUAGCCUCUGGUGCCUGGAGCAUACAGGGCAGAGGAGACAGUUUUCACUGCUGCUUCGGCAGGUGUCCCGCAAGCCACAGGGGCUGGGCUUAGUGCGAGAGACGAGACAGAGACAGAAGAAAGUAGGUAGGACAUGCAUAGGAAAGCCAGGCGGGGGUGGGUCAGGGGCCCGACAGCAUCUGUCUCUGUGUGGCCUCGCAGGAACAGCCUCCGGGCACAGGUGGAAUAGAUCAGAAGGUUUAGACCUGUGACGUUGGCUUUAACCGGGCUCCUCAAGGCAGCCUGAACACAAAAUGAGAACAGAAGAGUCACCUAACCUCUCCAAACGUACCUGCCUCAUCACUCAGCCCAAGCCCUGAGUGACCACUGUCCAGCUUAAGAUGACUGGACGCCGGCCACAUGCCAUCCGGAAUGAGCACUGUCCUCUCCCUCCCAAGAGUUCACUGUCAUCGUGUCCGGCACAGACAUCUGGGCUGCAGCCGACGUGCCACGCCACCAGCUGGCCGUCCUCCUCGGCGCCUGGCCCGACAAGCAUUGAGUUAGAGCCAGCUUCCCUCUUGUUUGCCAUGUACACACCAGCUCCCUGACCCUGGGGUGCUACGUGACACCUGUGCAAGGGAAAGAAGGGGGCCGGGGGAGCAGCAGAGACGGGCACAGCGCCUCUUACCAGCAUCAGGGUAUUAGCCAUUUCUUUCUACACAAGAGCACUGUGCUUCCUAUAGGCAGCCCGCCUGCUUCCACCCUCCUGAUGCCCCUCUGGACUCACGUUGCCAGUGCGGGUCUGCCAUUUGUGGCCCCCGCCCAGGGCCCCGAGCAGCCACCUGCUCUAACCCGGCCGCGCUGGAGCCCAGCCCCGCAGGAUAAGCCUGGGGCCCAGUCGCCUUAGCCGGCCACCGAAGUCACGAAGCCAAAGUCUCCCGAGCACUUUUCUCUUUUCCUUUGUCCCUGGCAGCCCCUUUGGUUGGUUGCUAGUGUCUUAUUAACGUUCACUUUUCCUCCCCCGCCACCCGCUUCUGCUUUGCAGCCGGGCGCUCGCUCAUCUGGAUGCGUUUUGGGUGAAGUGAGCGAGCCGCCUUCCUUGGCCUCGGCUGUUUUAUUUAUUGUUGAACAUUUCCAAUGACCCGAAUCGAAGUGAAUUAAAAAGCUAUUUUAUCGUU